AUGUCGGGGCUGUCUCUGUCCUCGUCUCUGCCUCGCUCUGGGCUCUCCAGGGCAGGACCCGGAGCUCACAAACCUCCUCCAGGAGAGAGGGACCUCCAGGGGAACCGCUCCUACCUGCUGCGCAUCGGGGAGAGACUGAUGAGGGCGGGGAGCGAGGGGAACCUGGUGAGACCGAGGCACGGGGAGCAGAGCAAAGAAUAA